AUGGCGCCAAUGAUACUGGAGCACCACAAACGCAAAGCCGUUGACCAGCCAGAUGGUGCCAGCCCAGUGAAGCGCAUCAAAGAUUCCGUCUCGAGCACAGCGAGUCCUGUUUCGGAAGGCAAACCCAGUGUCAUACAAUUUCCAGAGAAGCCCGCCGUAUCAGAAGAACGCAAUGGAGAUAUUGAAUUUCGCGUCGUCAACAAUGAUAAUAGCCGGGAAAGCUUGAUCAUCCUAACUGGGCUUAAAUGCAUAUUUCAAAAGCAGCUUCCGAAAAUGCCAAAAGACUACAUAGCCAGGCUCGUCUACGAUCGCACACAUCUGUCAAUGGCAAUUGUGAAGAAGCCGCUCGAGGUCGUCGGAGGAAUAACGUACAGGCCGUUCAAUGCUCGCGAGUUCGCAGAGAUUGUGUUCUGUGCUAUAUCCUCUGACCAGCAAGUUAAAGGUUAUGGUGCACACCUGAUGUCACACCUGAAGGACUAUGUCAAGGCUACCUCACCAAUACAACAUUUUCUUACCUACGCCGAUAACUAUGCCAUUGGAUACUUCAAAAAACAAGGGUUCACGAAGGAGAUCACCCUCGAGAGGCCUAGGUGGAUGGGUUACAUCAAAGACUAUGAAGGCGGGACUAUUAUGCAGUGCACAAUGGUACCUCGCAUACGAUACCUGGAAGUUGGACGCAUGCUACUCAAGCAGAAAGAGGCGGUACAAGCUAAGAUCCGCGCAUUUUCAAAAAGUCAUGUUGUUCACCAUCCACCCAAAGAGUGGAAAAGCGGCCUAAAGCCGAUAGAUCCAAUGGCAAUACCGGCUAUCAAAGCCUCUGGAUGGUCCCCUGAGAUGGACGAGAUGGCGAGGCAGCCGCGUCAUGGCCCCAAUUACAACCAAUUAAUGCACCUACUGAAUGAUAUGCAGAACCACGGCUCCUCGUGGCCUUUCACGCAACCGGUCAAUAAGGACGAAGUAGCAGAUUACUACGACGUUAUCAAGGAACCCAUGGAUUUAAAUACCAUGGAAGAUAAGCUCGACAGAGAUAUGUAUCCAAUUCCGGAAGACUUCAUCAAAGAUGCAAAACUCAUCUUCGAUAAUUGCCGGAAAUACAACAACGAGAACACGCCGUACACAAAGAGUGCUAAUAAAUUGGAGAAAUUCAUGCUUGCACAGAUAAAGACAAUACCCGAAUGGUCGCACCUCACGGAAUGA